AAUAAAAGAUGAAAAAUACAUUGUUCAUAAGCUUUAUACUUUCAUUUGCUUUAUCAAUUAAAGCAGAUGUAAUACCUCCUCGGUUCGGAUCAAAAUGCGCUUUUACAUUCAAUAAAAUUUAUUGUUAUGGUGGAAAAUUGGAUAACAAGCAGUACAAUAAUGACAUGUAUGAAUUAGAUUUGGGCAACUUACCCCAGGGAGCAGUGAGCAAUCUGGUAAACAAUUGGACUUUAGUCACUCCGGAUUUAGGCCCAGGUGUUCCCCCCAAUGAAUAUCGAUAUAAUAGCCAGUUUGUUCUAUUACCUGAUGGUUCCUUAUUUUUUGACGGCGGAUACAAUGAGGAUAACCCACUUGUAGCUAGAAAUAUUACUUACAAUCCUAAAAAUAAUACUUGGACUGUAUUACCUGGACUUAGUUACAGCGACACUAAAAAUGGAGGCAUCUAUAGACAAAUAUAUUCCGCAGGAGCAGUUUAUCUUCCUGAUACUAAAAGCAUAGCAUUUUUUGGAGGAAGGGAAUUGAACGCCGUCUUAAAUACUACUUACGCAAGUUUUAGACCACUUGCCAAUCUGACAUAUGAAACAAAUUCAGAGCAAGACCCCACGAAAAAACUAGCUAAUAGCAUUUACGGAUAUGGCUACAUAACCGAAUUAAACGUCAAUACGAGAGAAUGGACAUCCCGGAAAACUCAACCUAUGGCUUUAAAUGACUUUCCAACUUUAAUUAGUGAUCUGACAGCAACAUAUCAUCCACGUACCAAAGCAAUUAUUUAUCUAGGAGGAUUUUUUAAAAAUCAGCUGUUGGAAGGCUCAACAGAAUCUUUUGGAAAUUUUCUUGCUUAUGAUACCGAAAGCUCCUUGUGGAAUGUACAGCCAACUAAUGGACUGGUUAUACCAACUGCAAGACUUGGUCAUACUGCAACAUUGUUAAAUACCGGGGAUAAUAUUCUCAUGUAUGGAGGAAUUCUCCAGACUAAAAAUGAAUCAUUGGAAGGAAAGCUUUCACCCGACUAUUUGUUUGAUUUGGAUUUGAAUACUUUCACAUGGUCAGUUUAUAACAGACCAUCUGACUCUCUAGGUCCUAGAGCCUUUCAUUCAGCCGUUCUUGUUAAUGAGACGAGUUUGUUAAUAAUGUUUGGUAAAAAAGCAUCAGCAGCAGGGCCGCUUGUUGCUGCAAAUAACAUAAUGGUACUCAACGUGACAGAUAGAUCUUUGCUGACGUCUUUGGAUACCUACCCUAACCCCAUGGAUGUUGAUCUUACAAAAAAUACAACAACUAAUGAGGGUCAAUCCGAGAGCCAGUUUGAUGGAGAAUCCAAAGGACUCUCUGGCGGUGCUAUUGCUGGAAUUGUGAUUGGCAUUGUGGCAUUGGUCGCUAUUAUCGCUUUAGCGGCAAUAUAUCACAAAAAAAAUAAGAGUAAAAAAGACGAAAUGAAGGAGCUUCAAGUUGAUUGGGAUGAAAUAGAUGGUGGGUAUAGAGAUGUCUCACCAUUCGGAGCAAAGUUUUCUGGAGAUUCUACAAACAUGAGCAAUACUGUAGUUCCACCUGAUAUCUCAGAAGAAAAUCAAGGUCAAUCAUCCAAUGCCUAUUCACCAGCUUUAGCAAAUUCGACCCCCAUAAAACCCGACAUUGACCAGGGUAUGCGAACGAAAAUAACACCCAAUUCCAAAGAAUAAAAUCACAUUGUGAUUCAUGAUAAUAGAUAUAACAGAAUUUUUACUUUUACAUGUUAUGAAAAACUCGAUGUUUUUACUUUGUAUAAUUUUCUUUAGCAGUACCAUCGGCUUAUUGCUCUUUUCAGUAAAAUUAUUUUUAAAUUCAUCCAAAAUAACUACGGCUAUUCAGUAUGAUAAAAGCUCAAUUAUGGCUGUAUUUAAUAGCAUAAAAUCAAAUGUUAAGGACUAAUGUCAGUACACUAUUUCCCGAAAUUAUUGACGCACUUUUGGAAAAAAAAUUAGGCGCAUCAAAAAAUAAAAUUAAAGCAGUUGCAGAC